CUCCCUCGUGGCACGAGGGUCAGGCGAGCAUUACGCAGAGGUUCAUUUCCCAGACGAGCACGGCACGGCCGGGGCCACAGAAACUGUACUCCUCUUGGGGCGCUCUUCACCCUCCAGGAACCCCGGAAGUGGCUGUCAGGUUCCGGUCUGAGGAAGGCCGGGUGGUUCCUGUUUCCCGGGAUGGACUUCCCCAGCUCCCUCCCGCCCUCGUUGUUCACGACUGGCCCCCUUGGCCUGAGCGACGUCCCUGACGUGUCCUUCAUGUGCAGCUGGAGAGACGCGCUGACCCUGCCGGAGUCCCUGCCCCAAGGUUCUGAGAACGCGGCGCCGCACGUGGCCAAGGGCCUGCUCUGGGAGCCGGGCACCCCUGGGCCGCUACCCUUGCUGCCUCCUGGUCCCGAUCCCUGGGACCCUGGCGUGACUGCCCAGGAUCUGCUUUUCCGGGGAGGUUACCAGUUCCGUAGACAGCCCCAAGCCGUGCUGGACGUUACUGAGCAGGUAAGCGGCCCCACGGCGGCCGGUGCCACGCGGCCGGGGCUGUGCCUAGUGACCUGGCCUCCUUUCCUCCUGCAGCUCAGCCGGUUCUUGUGGGAUCAUGGGGACAUAGCCUUUGCACCCCUGGGGAAGCUGAUGCUGGAGAAUUUCAAACUGGAGGGAGCACGGAGCCGCUCUAAGAAGAAGACAGUGGUCAGUGUGAAGAGGCUACUCCAGGACCUCGGUGGACACCAGCCCUGGGGCUGUCCCUGGGCUUACCUCAGCCACCGCCAGCGCCGGUUCUCCAUCCUUGGGGGCCCGAUCCUCAGCACGUCGGUGGCGAGCCUCCUGGGGGAGCUGCUGCACGAGGAGCUGGCCCUGCGAUGGGAGCAGCUGCUCCUGGACGCCGCCUUCACCGGGGGCGCGCUGGCCUGGGUGCCCGGCAGGACGCCCAGGGCUGGGCAGCUGGUCUACCCUGCAGGAGGUGCCCUGGACAGGCUGUACUUCCAGAAGGUCAACCUGACCCCAGGCAGUGAGCCCCGAGUUCUCGGAGGCCCUGGCCAUAUCCGGCUCCGGGGACCUGUCCGGCAGGUGGUGACCCGCACUGUGCAGGGAGAAGCUCUGCUGGCCGUCCGCUCUGACUACCACUGUGCCCUGUGGAAGCCCUCACCUGCCUGGAGAGCUGGCCAUCUGCAGCCGUUCCGGAGCCAUCUGUCUGUGGACUCCCCAGGACGGGUAACGCCCCUUCCCCAUAAAAACCCUCCACCCCAACCAACGGCUCCCGCAGAACCUGGCCCAUGUCCUGGACCCCAGGCCAGGUCACCCCAGCCUCCCCCCAUCAGCCGGUCUCCCCACCAUGGCUGGCCUGUCUCCCCAAGGCUGCAGCAAAUCUACAAGGACCCCGAGACCCUUGUGUUCCGGGACCCCUCUCCCUGGCGUUGGGCAGACUUCACCGCCCACCCUCGAGUGCUGACUGUGGGUGAUCGCACCGGCGUGAAGAUGGUGGACACUCAGGGCCCGCCGGGCUGUGGUCUGCUGCUUUUUCGUGGAGGGGCAGAAGCAUCAUGCCAGAAAGGGGAGCGGGUCCUGCUCACCCAGUACCUGGGGGAGUGCGGCCCCGAGUGUCUGCACUCCACGCUCCACCUCAUCUGCACCCAGUUCUCGCUCUACCUGGUGGAUGAGCGCCUCCCCUUGGUGCCCCUGCUGAAGUGGAACCACGGCCUCCCCUCCGCGCCCCUGCUGGCCCGGCUGCUACCCCCACCCCGCACAGGCCUCCCGCGGCCGCUGCUGCUGGCGGGCCAGGGUGGGGAGCUGCAGCUGCUGCACCUCGCAGGAGAGGGGGCCUCCACACCCCGGCUGGCAGGGCCCCCCCAGUCUCUCCCUUCCAGGAGCGACUCCCUCUCUGCCUUCCCCCUGCUGGAGCCCAAGAGUCAGUGGCGGCUGCGGGAACGUCUGACAGCACCAGCCAUAGGUCUGGCCGCCGCCAUCCCACCCUCCGCUGCCACACCGGUGCUGUCGCUCUUCCAACUUUCGGCGGCUGGAGACGUCUUCCACCAGCGCCUCCACCUCCGGGCAGACCCCGGGCCUGAUUCUCCUGCCCCCACGGCUGCUUCCUGGACCCCCCAGGCCACUGCCUCCUGCAGCCAGUGGCUGAAGGCCCUGCUGGAGGUGCCCCCGGCUCCCCCCGUGUGGGCCGCACCCACCUUCUCCCACCGCCGCCUGCUGGGCUGCUUUGAGCCCCAGAAGGCAGAGGGCAAAGCGCCAGAGGGUCUCCGCGCGGCCAUGGCCAAAGGGCGUCUCCUGCAGCCGAGGGACCUGGGCUUGCUCCCCACAGAAGAGCGGGCCCCCGCCCCCGAGCCAGGCCCCGAGGACGAGCUCAGCGAGCGUUUAGAGGCAGCCUGGGAGGGCCAGGCGGCGGCCUGGUGGGAGAGGCGGCGGGGCAGCAGCUCGGGGCCCAGCAAACAGCCCAAGCGGCACAAGCGCCGGACUCAACUGUCCAGCACCUUCUCCUCACUCAGCGGCCGCUUAGACCUCUCAGACGCUGCCAGCCCCCCUCCCAGCCCAGAGCGGACACUCCCUGAGGCCAGGCCUCAGCCUCCAGUGACCCCGCCCUCCCAGGAGUCCACCCAGGAGCUGUGGGCCCGGGGCGUCCCCUCGGAGCGGCAGCAGACGCUCCGGGACUACAUGGCUGAGCUGCCGCUCCGAGGGGACGCCCCGGGGGCUGCCUCUGUGCUUUCCUCCCAGGCUUCCAGUGUCCAGGCCACCCCCUCCCGGCAGCGGGCAGCCGUCCGCUCCGGCUCUCAGCCACGCUGGAAGAAGCCCCGCAUGGGCUUCUGAGGCCCUAGGGAAGCUGCCCCCCACCUCCAGGGGGCCCUUUGUCCUGGAUAAGCUGUGCCUUUUGUGGUUGAAACGAGAAAUAAAGAGAACAGUCGCCAGGGUGCAGACCUUCCUGCUUUCCGAAGGCCUUCGUGACUGCGGGAGACAUUCAGAAGCGGUUUGAAUCCACGUUGGAGGAAGAAGGACAACAAGGUAGUCGUGUCUCCUGUAGCUCGUGCUCCCAGGGGCACGUUGAGAAGUCCUGGGAGCCCCGUCCUGAAGGUCAGUGUCGCCGGGAUCCCCUCCAGCCGACAGUGUUGUGCCGGAAAGCAGGGGCUCCAGGCGGCCGAGGGCUCCGCCACGCACGGGCCCCCGGGGAUGUGGCGGGUGACGUUGAAGCGAGCUGCCCCGCCUGCCGGUGCUUCGCUGCUGGGUGUUGGCAGCUGGCUGCCAGUGGUUAGGUGUGUGUGUGUUAAGCAGUUUCUAGCACCAUCUAUAACGUUUUGUAGAGGGAGGCACUUUGGACCCACGUUUAGGGGUUGAAUAAACUUGUCAGCUGAGCCUGGUUUUGAACAAUCAAGUUUCUCAGGCCAGGCUGC